UUGCAUCAAGGAAUGCGGGUUGUGGCAUUUUUCAAAGCAUGCUGUUAGUGUGUCUGGGUACAUGCAUACAAUGAUUUAUGAAUUGGGGGUUAUGGGUUGUAAUGUGAUGUGGUUACAGUGUCAAUGACGGGGGAUAAUUUAGGUUUUUUUUUGGAGGAGAUCAUUGUUUCUUUACAUGGUGGCAAAAAGUCUAACACUUCCUACAAAUGUAAAUGUAAAUGUCAAACAUGGGAAGAAAGAGGGAAAACUUAAAAUGGAAAAGAAAAGAUAAAAGGAAAAAAAAUAUGUGUUUGAUAUAUCAUGGACGGGUGGGCAUUACAUAAAAACAUACAAAAAAUAUCAACAGGCAGAGAGAGACAGACCCAGAGAGAGACAGACUUAAAUGAAAGAAGUGAAGCUUGGUUUGAUUCACACAAUGACCAGGGCCAAUAGGAAAAACCCUCCCAGUCUUGAGGAGGGAAGGGGUGGUGGGGAUUCUAACUAAGGCAGGCUUUACAGUGAGUCAAACAUUCUCAAAGACAGACUACAGGAAGUCUCCACAGCACUAAGAUAUGGGCUUACUGUGACUUAAAACUGGAGCUUCUCUCUUAAACCUGAAAACAAAAAGACUAAAUAGAGAGUGUUAGACAGAGAGAGGACGUGAGAAAGGGGUACAUAUUGUCCAGGAAGAUGGAAAACUGAUUGUGUCCAAGACUUUGAAUCUUAAGCAGGGGAGAAGAAGAGGAGCAAGGACAAGCCUGAGGAUACUACAGAUCAUGUUGCCAUGGAAACCAAAACCUGGAAGCGGACGCGAGGACCACUGAAGGUGGACAUCCAUCCUUGACUGCAUCUUUGACACAUUACUGUCCUGCUGCGCACUGUGGUGAGAGAAUGCUGUGGAGAAUAACUAUCCCAGUCAUACUGGCUGGGGUGCUCUGCAUCACUGCAGAGACUAAAAAGCCUCGGCCCCAAGGAUCCAUCCCAUCCCCAUACAAGACCAAAGGGAACCUGUCCUCAGAACGUCACCACCGGCUAUUGCAGCAGAAACCAGAGGUGCUAUCCUCCAGCCGAGAGGCCUUGGUGGUGACAGAACGCCGCUACCUCCGCAGAGACUGGUGUAAGACCCAACCCCUCCGUCAGACAAUCAGUGAGGAGGGCUGCCACAGCCGCACUGUGGUCAACCGUUUUUGCUAUGGCCAGUGCAACUCCUUCUAUAUCCCCCGCCAUAUGGGCCCCAGCUCGGGUCAGGGCCAGAGUCGAGGCCAAGCCUCGGGAUCUGGAAGGAAAAACCACAACAAGGCCCAGGAGCCCUUCCAGUCCUGCUCCUUCUGCAGGCCACACCGCAUCACGCAGCUCACAGUGCAGCUAGAUUGCCCAGACCUGCAGCCACCUUUCAGACACCGUAAAGUGCAGAGGGUUAAACAGUGUCGCUGCAUGUCUGUGGAUGUGGGUGGCCAUGGGAAACUGUGAAGGAGGACUUAAAAGGUCUUUUAAAAUUUAAAUGACAUAUGACUAUUGUCAAAGGCAGAUAUUCACAGCCUUCGCCAAACAAAGACUGGCUUCAAGUUGAACUAUCCUGCAUUGCUUAGUUUUUUUUCUUUUCUUUU